CUUCCGCGGCCACUGAUUAUGUAGUAUGUAUUACAUCCUCCUGCUGAAUUUUUAGUGGUCUGUCAGUUCAGCACAUGCAUCUGCCUGCCAAGCAUCCAUUCAUCGUUUCGUUCACAACUUUUGGCUGGCUAGCUUAGCUGGCUGACGUUGGGUUAGAUUUAGUGGUGCAAUUUGUGUGAGGAAGUAAACGUAACGUGUGUUGAGAGAGAGAGUAGAGAGGCGGAAUUGGACAGAUCUCAUCGCAUUGUUAAAGCGGCAGGAAGGCAGCAAGUGUGCGUGGAUGGACGCUUAAAAGAGAAGAUUUCCAAGAGGAAUUAAUCUGAGGAGAGAGAGAAAGAGGGAAUUUUGGUGGUGGUGGACGUGGACUUUGAGACGGAGGAGACGCUUUCUCCACUUUCUCCCCGGCCGGGUCUUGUUUUUUCGUAUAAGAAGGAGACGAGGCAGGAAUCUGGGAGCAGAACGGGUUGGCUGGGAAUCUCGGCAAGUGUGACACUUGACUUUCUCCUCCGGCGUCGUCUACGAAGUCGUGUCGUCUCACCUUGGUUUUCUGUCUCGUAGAGAAGAGGAGAAAGUUAGAGGAGGUCGAUUCUACUUUUUUUGGAGGAGUCUAGAAGUGCAAGAAUGUGAUGUGACGCUUCUUCUGCUACUGGAAUCCUAUCGCCUACUCCUCCUCCUCUUAAAAAAAGGAAUAAUAAAGCGAUACACCAAGAUUCACCAAAAACCAAGCAACCAAGUUUUUCUCCAGGAUUUCUCUGUGUGAUAUCUGAAACUGAUUUCUGAAACUGAUUUCUGAAACUUUUCUCCUCCAGAUAUCCGAUCUCUCUCUCUCUCUCUUUAAAUCCUUCACACUACAUAACGCCAGGCCACACAACUUUUUGGCUCGUUACGAAAAAAAAGAUAACUUGAGACGAAAGAAAAGUUGACCAACAAGAAGAACAAAGUGCAGAAGAAGAAAGUGAGGAAAAAAGAAAAUCAUGGAAUUUCUCCUCCUUCGGAUUUUCUUUACGAUAUUAUGUCUCCUCUUGGACUUGAAUUCGGCAGCCGUCUCACCGCCACCACCGCUACCACCAUGCGAAAGCGCCAUUUAUUGUCACGGCCUCCUCCUCCACACGGUUCAGAUGUCGGGACUCUUCCCAGACUCGAAAACUUUCGUGGACAUGAAAUUGAAAACCUCGCCGGACCAAGUGCUCAGAAACUUUGACGCUUUUAUGAAAGCGCACAAACAAAAGCCCACCCGGGACGAGGUGGGAUCCUUCGUGGCGGCCAAUUUCGACGAGGCUGGGUCAGAAUUCGCCCCCUGGAACCCGACCGACUGGCAUCCGGACCCACAAUUCAUCAAGAACAUUACGGACCCCCACUUGCAGGUUUGGGCGACGCAGAUCCACUCGUACUGGAAAGAGUUGGGGCGGAAGAUAAAGGACGAUGUGAAAAACAGGGCGGAAUUAUACUCCAUGAUUUACACGUCGCACCCCGUGAUCGUCCCCGGCGGCCGGUUCCGCGAGUUCUUUUACUGGGACUCCUACUGGAUUAUGAAGGGGCUCCUCCUCUCGGAAAUGGGGACCACGGUACGCGGCAUGCUGGAGAACUUCGUCGAGAUGGUGAAUCUUCUGGGAUAUGUACCGAACGGGGGGCGGAUUUAUUUCCGGCGGUCACAACCCCCCUUUCUCACCCCGAUGGUCAAACUCUACCUGGACCACACCAAAGACAUCGACUUUGUCCGAACUAAUCUGCCCGUUUUGGAGAAGGAGUUCAAUUUCUGGGUGCAAAAUCGGUCCCUCACCGUGCAAAGUGCGGAGGGCAAGAGUUAUCGCGUUAUGCGGUACAACGUCGAGCUGACUGGACCACGGCCGGAGUCGUACAGGGAGGAUUUUCUCCUGGCGGAUAAGCUCAACUCCACCCAGGAAAAGGACGAGUUGUACUUCAAUCUGAAAUCUGGGGCGGAAUCUGGCUGGGAUUUUUCUUCGAGGUGGUUCAUCAAUCCGAGUGGUGAUACUCAAGGUAACCUCAGUCACACGAAGGUUCGCGAUAUCAUUCCCGUGGAACUGAACGCAUUGACACAUUUGAAUGCAAAACUGUUGGCCGACUUUCACAGAAUGACGGGGGCACCGACCAAAGCCGCAAAGUACGAGUCCAUCGCGCACGAAUGGAAAACCAUGAUUAACGAAUUACUCUGGGAUGAAGAGGAAGGUUGCUGGUUCGAUUUUGAAAUUGCGACGAAAACCUUGCGCAAGGAGUUCUACCCGUCGAACGUGGUUCCCCUCUGGACCGGAAGUCACAACGCGGUCUCCGUGGUCAACCGGGUCGUGGGGUACUUGCGACGCUCCGGGGCUCUCGCCUACCCGGGUGGAAUUCCGACCAGUUUGACGCAUGCCGGGGAGCAGUGGGACUUUCCGAACGGAUGGGCCCCCCUGCAACACCUUAUCGUGGAUGCGCUCGAUAACACGGGGAAUCUGGAAGCGAAAGCGUUGGCGUUUGAAAUUGCGGAAAAAUGGAUUGCCACAAAUUACGCGGCGUUUAAGCAAGGAAAGGAUAGAAUGUUUGAGAAGUACGACGUGACGGUGGUCGGUCUCCCUGGUGGCGGAGGUGAAUACGACGUCGUUGUCGGCUUCGGUUGGACGAACGGGGUCGCUUUGGACUUCUUGAAUCGAUACGGGGGCAAAAUCUCGGUCUCCAAAGGCUCCGGAGGAGGAGCUAGUCACCUCCAAGGAAAUGCUUAUAUGGCAAACUCCCUCGUUUUUGGGAGUGUCAGCCUCCUCUUGGCCAGUAUUUUAGGGAUUUCCCAAGUCGGCCGGUGUAAAGAAGGCUGCAAAACGUUAGGUGCCCCUGGGGGCGAGUAUGAGGAGUUGCCACUCGGCGACGGCGAAAGUGAUCACGACGAAGAUGACGAAGGUGCAGAACCAGUCCGACUGGCAGAGGAGGAAAUUUCCCCCGAAUUAGAAUCGAGCUAACGUUACACAAAAAAUUUUGUAAAAUUAGAAAUUUUAGAAAAAGAAAAACGAAACAGUUAAUGUACUCGUAUUUAAUUUACUCAAUAGUUUGUAGACGUUAUCGUGUAAUAAUUUAAAAUGGUUGCGGAAAAGCUUUGUAAGCGUAAAAGUGAAUAUCGAUCGAUAAGAGCAAGGUUAUUCAAAUCAGAGGUCGACGCCACCGAUCUUACGCUGGAAGGUAGCAUUCUACGCACGUCGUCGCUACCAAUAAGUUCUACUUCCUGCUUGAGACGCCGCCGAAAAAUUACCAAAAUUUUGCACCACCACCAAAAAUUUGGUCGAUGUCGAUCUCUGAUUCGAAUUUUAUGUCGACAUCUUUUUCAAGGUCAUUCGACGCGUGGCAUAUGUAGCAAAGUUGGUUGAAUUUUGAGCCAACUUUAAUAAAUCAAGUGGCUCUUUCCCGUAACCGGAAGUAGUUUUACUUUCUCUUCUGCCAAAGUCUUUUCGUACAUGAAAGUUUAGAGUAGGCGUAGGUCGUAGCGAGAUGUAGAUUAUUUAUUUACGUACAUGUUUGUAAUAGCUUAAAUUCCUUAACACGAAUAUUACAGCGUUUUGUAAUUUAUGAAGGUUCGCUAAGUUUUGUGGCAACAUGUAUUUACUACUUAAUUAAGUCUGGAGACCAGUGGCCGCGGAAGGGUGAGGGGACAAUGCUCCACGGUUAUUCGAUGUCCGCAUCAUCUCCCCAUCUUAUAUAAGCCCGGCCCUCCCCCUAUCCUACAAUGUAAAUGUCCCCAAGUGUCCCUCCAACGGCUUCCGCGGCCACUGUCUGGAUCAGUAUUUGCACGAAAACAGUUUUAAAGUACAUUGUACCAAAAAUGGUAAAUUCAUGCGUGGCUGAAUAAUGUUUAUUUAAAUAUAUUUAGUUCUAAUGUUUUAAUAGUUAAUCGUUACUUGUUACACAUGUAUUACGUACAUAGUUGUAGUUGAAGCUUAUGUACAUGUAAAUUCUCAGUCAGUAUCAGUGCGUCAUUUUAGUUUAAUUUGUAGUGUAGAAAUUGAAGAAAAAAAUGAAUAAAAGUCAUUUAUGUUUAA